AUGGCCAUUGCCCAGGAACAUCCUGCAUCCAGUUGGGUCGAAAGUCGCGAAGGUCAAAUUCCGGAGGGUGCGUGGUAUGUCGGUGAAAACGCUGUUGGUCGUGGAUGGUACGAUGAGGGUUUGCAUGUGGGCUACGUCGUGCCUGGGAGGGGAUUGAUGAUUGGUUAUGGUGGUAACGAAGUUAAUUUGAGACAAUACGAAGUUCUUAGAGGUGAUCCGGCUCAAUAUCGUUGGAUUGGAUGUCAAGGUCCGUGCAAUCCACGGCAUUUCGUUCCGUUAUAUGGUGGCCACGAAGCUGAUGGUCGCGAGUUAUACAUUGCCAAGGGAUGGCACAACGACCGUGAGGUCACUGGAAAAGCCGGUCCUCACUUGGAAGAAGGAAUGUCCUUUGGAAUUGACGGUCAAGAGAAUUCUCUACGAGAUUAUCAAGUAUUGGCACUAUUGGGCUGA